UGGUGCUUUGAUAUGCUAAAAGUCAGCUUCGUUCCUUUUUAUGAUUAGUAAUUGAUCAGCUUUUAAAUCAUAUCGUAUGUGUUUGUUUGUUUGUCCCUUGCCAACGUUUAGGUAGCACGUAGGUGGAGCUUCUGUGCUUUCUUUUACCGCAGACAACUUUAGAGCAAUCUAAGGCCUAAACUUUUGGGUCAUGAGAGUUACUUGCUCAUAAGCUGAUCUCAUAAUUUAACACUUUGGCCAUAUUUAACAUGGAAAACCAUGAUUAACAACAGUAUAUCAAUUCAGUAACUAUUGCUGACAUUCUACAUUUUACUGAAGAUCACAUGGUCAAGCCAGGAGAUAAUUGAAGAAAUAGUUUAUUGAGUUAGCUUUAAAUGUUAUGUCUGGAGAAAGGAGAACGCUGCAGUCCAGCAUUUAAACCAUGAGGUUUCAAAGCUUGCUCAGAAGCUAAACAAGUUAUGAUGGAGAAAUUUUUAACUUCCAAAAUAUAAACAGAUGUGACAUAAAACAGCACUUAUGUUGUGAGCCAGUGUUGAUGACACAGUUAAAAGAGGCUGUCACAAAGGAGGCUGUGUAGGUGCUGUUUCCUCCUUUUCAUGCCCACAAACCUUUGAAAGUUAGAAUUGCGAGCAGACCUGAUUUGACUGCGGAAGAAAGUCUGUCCUCCACCAUUGACCAAUCACAUCUGUCUGCACUGGGGUUUCCCUCUUAUGCAAUUUUAUAGUAAACUGUGAAAGUACCUGUCAACACGUUUACUUUUAUCAUGAUUGUGGCAAAUUCGGACAACAGUGGAUCAUGUAGAUAUAUUUGACAAGAAGAAACCACUUAGAAUAACAAAAAAACCCAACAUAGAUGUAACUUUUUCACCCACAAUGAAGAUCAAUUCAUUGCUCUAUUGCCUUUUAUAUGGUAAGUGACUUUACAAUUUUACCACUUUAAGCCAUUUAAAUGCUAAUUUCAGUGCAUUUAAUUCUGCAUUCAGUGCUUUCAAUUUUAGCAGGUACGCUAACAGAUGGAACCAUAAUCAACAUAGAGGAAUUCGAAGGGAGAAGUGUCUCCUUUCAGUGCUCACACACACUUGCAUGGAGCAACAACAAGUAUUUCUGCAAAGAUCCAUGUACAAGCACAGGAGACGUACUACUUACUGUAGAACCUGGCAGAAGAGCAGAGUCAGGGAGGAUUGCUCUGGUGGACUCUGGGGAUGGAUCCUUCACUGUGACCUUCAGUGACCUUCAGCUUUCAGACUCACAGAAAUACUGGUGUGGAGUGGGCAGGCCUGGUUUCGACACAUAUGUUGAGGUACACCUAACAGUAAAGAAAGCUGUUAAAAUUGUGACAACAGUCGUACCUGAUGUGUCUUCCACAUGGACAUAUCGGAAUACCAACACAACACAUUUAACAACAGGAAUAGACACCACAGAGCCUACUAAACUCUCAACAGCCUUAAACUUCACAGCGGAAGAAGGACCUAACAUCAACACAGGCACCAUCGUGUAUGCUACUGUUGGUGGUGUUGGUCUGAUCGCUAUCGUGCUUCUGGCAGUAUGCUGCAGGAAGUCCAGAAAAACCUCAAAAAUUAAACAACACGUGUACUGCAACAGUGCAGACUUCACCAAUGCAAACGAAAGAAAGGUCAGCUGUGGUUAUGAUGACACUGAGAAGAGGACAAAGUGUAGGAAAAAGUCACCUAAGAGUUCUUAUGUACCUACUCACCAACAAAGACAGGAUCUACCAACAUCUGAUCCCCCAGCAAGUGUACACCUUCAUAUCUAUGAAAACAUCUCUUCCCCCAAACUCCCUGAAUGUUCAGGAUAUUCACCCACAGGGGAACAAAAUGACUAUGAUAAUAACUCUGGAAUCUACAUUAAUACUUUGCCAAACUUAAUGCAUGAAAGAACAGAUCAUGGUACUUGUAGAAAACACAAAGCUAAACAUAAGACAUGCAAAAAUAUAGAGAGUUGCACAAACAGUGUCUCCAGAGCCCCUUGUGGAUCCACUGAAGAGAAGCCCAGAUCACUUUGGUUUGGUUUAGAUUUAUCAGAAAUAAAGGAGAGUUAACCUUAAAGAUAUGAUUUUUUAAUGGACAUUCAUGGACAAGUCCAUAAAUAAUAUAUGAGCAACGCUCAUUGUCAUCAUUAUUUAACUUGUACACUAAGUUGUACUGUUAAUAUUUCCAUUUCAUGUCUCUGGCUUCAUGUGUUUGUGUAAAUUCAACUUCUGUUGCAUUUAAGGACACGUUUAAAAGCUUCUCUGCUCAGAGUUAAAAGCGUAAAAUGUUACUUCAUGAGGUUAAUACUUCCGGUUAAGUUCAGGGGAAGCAUUAGUAAAGCAUUGUGUCACUUUGUGAUAUGUUCAUGAGCAUGUGCUGUUGUGGUUAAUGUCAGCAUGUAAAUACCGAACAGUCUGUGUCUUCACAGUUAAUGAAAACUUGUGAAAAUGAGAGUGAAUUAUGUCUUUACGAUAAACUGUGUAUACAAUUCA